AUGCACUCAAACAGGCAAGGCAAUGCGAAGAGGCAUACUGAAGCUGUUACUGAAAAUAAGGAGGAGCAGUGGAAAAUCCAAAACAAGAAUAAAAAUAGACAACACAACCAAAAUCAGGAUCCAAAAAAGGUUUGGAAACCUCAGGCGCAAAAAAAACAGGUCAACCAAUCUCAGGUGCAGCACAUCGAGCAGCAAAAAGGUAUGACUUCUAAGACCCCUGUAUUGGAGAGUAAUGAAUCUGGUGAUCAGAUUCCUACAACCCCCUCCCCUGUUAUUGUUGAUGUUGACCAUUGUUCAGAUAAUGAAAUCCUCAUCCCUGUAAUUCCCUCUGUUGCUGUUGAUGAUCAGUGUGAUCACAAUGAUAUCCCAUCCCCUGUAUCCCCCCUGGUUUUAGCUGAUGAAGUUAUUGGAGGGAGGUUGGAUGUACAGGAGAAAACCUCUAAUCUGCAGGAAGGGGUUCCUAGGGGAAGGGUUAGUGAUCAAACCCCUGCUACCACUCAGAAUAAUAUUCCACACCACCAAAAAAAGGCCCACCUAACCAGUGAAGAGGGUAAAGAAACACCAAAUCAGCAGAUUCAUAUCAAUAAUGCACAGAGAAAUCAACCCAAAGGGUCUAUGGCCAAGGAUAUGGGAAACAAGGAAGGUCCAAGUAACCAGAUGGAAACUCCUAAGAGUAAGAAUAAACCUAGGAAAAAAAAGAGGGAAGCUACCAUGAAGAAACAGAAUGAACAUAAUCACCAAAAACAGUCCCCCAAUACCAGUCAUCCGGAAGAAAAUCCUUGUACAAACUUCAUAAUGAUGGACCAGAUUAUGGAUGUGGUUCCAGUGAAUGCUAGGAAGCCCCCUGAUCAAUCCAAAGUCAAUGUUAGAGAUGAGUAUGAUGUGGAUAACUCAGAAGAUGAUUUUGAUCCUGAUAAUCUGCCUAUAAAUGAUCUAGAUGAAGAUGACGAGAUUAGUGAAUUACUAAUCAAAGCUUUUAGCCCUAACAAGGAUCAUGAAUUAGAAAAAGAGCUUCAACAAGUCACCGACAAACAAGGCCUCUCUCCCAGAGGUAUUCACAUUGACAGACUCCCCCUCAAAAAACCAGACUCUCCUAUUCCUGUUACAGCAGGAAGACCAAACACUAGACUUUUCACCUCUAGAUCAUCCCAAUGA